GAUAGAGAGGAGCACAAACUCAAGUAAAAGGGGGUUGAACCGAGGACGUGUGGUUUUUUGGAAAAGUGGCAUCUGUGUGAGGAAGGCAAGUCUUUAGCUGGUCAUCAGCCACUCUGGACUUUAUACAACCACUGAGUCUGUCGCUCAAUUAAUCUGGAUUCUAAAAACCUGCUUUCAAGUUCCUAACCAUGAGGACAAACAUAUGGAUUUACCAAACUGUGGUGUGUGUUGUAGUCACUGUAUUGGGCACAGGUUUUUGUAGAAGGACUCAUCAGUCAUUACAGAAGUAUGAAAAGACUGAGAGUCACAUGCUGGUUUGCACAGACUGCCCUCAGCCCCCUUUGGUACGAAACAGCCGAUCGCAGGAACAGUGCGCACGCAAGUGCAAGAAGGUCAAGAAAAGCUUCAACUGCAGAGCUUUCAACUUUCAGCGGCACAACAGGAAAUGCCACUUGCUUCCUUUUGACCGCUUCACCCAUGGCGUGCAGAAGCAGGCCAACGUCAACUUUACUUUGUAUGAAAAAAAAGAUUAUAUAAGGGAGUGUAUCAUCAGCACCAAGGACAACUACAGAGGGAGGAGGUCUUGGACAAAGUCAAACAUCACUUGCCAAGCUUGGUCAGAUAAUAACAUCAAUGAACACACGUUUUAUCCUGAUAGGUACCCAAAUCAAGACCUGAGGGAAAACUUCUGUCGUAAUCCCAACAAUGACCCUGGUGGCCCGUGGUGCUACACCACUGACCCCAACGUACGAGCCGAGGAGUGUGGCAUACCACAGUGCUCAGAGGAAGUCUGCAUGAUGUGUAAUGGGGAAGAUUACCGGGGCAAAAUGGACCAUACGGAGAGGGGCAAGGAGUGCCAGAGAUGGGACUCAGUAAGGCCUCACAAACACCACUUCCAACCCAAAAAGUAUCGGCAAAAAGAUUUAAAGGACAACUACUGUCGUAAUCCAGAUAAUCGUCUUCGUCCCUGGUGCUACACCAUGGAUCCCAAAACUCCGUGGGAGUACUGCAACAUUACUUUAUGUGAUUCUGACUUGAGUGAGGACACAGAUGUCAAUGUAACAACAUCCUGUGUCCAGGGAAAAGGCACAGAUUACAGAGGCACAAUGAAUGUCACUCCGGAGGGUGUGACAUGUCAGCGCUGGGACUUACAGUUGCCCCAUAACCACUCCUUUCUUCCUCAGAACUUCAAAUGCAAUUUGUGUAUGUGUUUUAGAGAUCUCAGAGAGAACUACUGCCGUAACCCUGAUGGUGCAGAUUACCCAUGGUGCUUCACUACAGACCCUAAUCAGAGGGUAGCCAACUGCACCAACAUCCCCAGGUGUGAUGCUGAGGCCACACAAAAAAUAGAAUGUUAUGAAGACAACGGAGAGACGUACAGGGGCACUUUAUCCAUAACUCGAUCUGGGAUUCCCUGUGCAGACUGGUUGCAUCACAUAAACAGUGGGGAUUCUCACUCUACAGAAUCCCAUGUAGGGCUGGAGAAGAACUACUGCCGGAACCCGGACCGGGACAAACAUGGCCCCUGGUGUUAUACCAAUCCAAAUAACCGUUUGGCCUGGGACUACUGCAAACUGCGGCACUGUGAAUCAGCUACAGUGGCUCCUCAACCGAUCACUUUAACUGGGCCCAAGAUAUCAUGUUUUGUGCAUAUAAACACAAGAAUCGUUGGCGGACACCAAGUGCAAGGUUCAGAUGGCAGCUGGGUUGUGAGCAUCCAAAGAGAGAAGAUUCAUUUGUGCGGGGGCUCAUUAAUCAGAGAAGAUUGGGUUUUGACAGACCAACAGUGCUUCACCUCCUGUGUUCCAGAUCUCAAGGAUUACAGUGUGCAGGUGGGUCUGCGCCACCUCAAUGAAUCCUCACGCCACCCAAGACUACGCAUCUCUCGCCUGAUAUGUGGCCCAGAAGGAUCCAAUUUGGUUAUGCUGAAACUAGAAGAUCCGGCCCCUGUGUCUGAAGGUGCCUCCACUAUUCAUCUUCCAGUAAAAGAGUGUCACAUCACCGAAGGCACCAACUGCACCAUGUAUGGAUGGGGGGAAACUAAAAAUGCAGGAUACGAUGAUGCACUGAACGCUUUGACCAUGCCCAUGGUCAACAAUGACAUGUGCUCACAAAUUAAAGGAGAUGCUGGGGAAAGCAGAAUAUGUGCUGGUGGCAAGAGAGGAGAAGGCGUAUGUGAUAAAGACAAUGGCGGCCCAUUGGUUUGCCAGGAACAUGAGCGCAAAGUCAUCAUUGGCGUGAGCAUCCAAAGGACAAAAUGCGCCUCAUCACAGCCUGCACUUUUUGUCAACGUUGCUUUCUACUCUGAGUGGAUAUACAAAGUGUUCAAACUUUACCCCAGUUUGGAAAGAAACUGAUUGUGUGGUGUGAAAAUCAACCCCAUUUAUGACUGUACCACAGCCUGCAAGAGGAGGGCGGCGGCUUUGGGCCAACAAAUUCCAAGACCGCUCUAGCAUGGACCACAGGGGACAAAUGAGGAAAAUCACCUAAUGGAAAGAUUUUGUAGUUGAAUUUGUCAUUUUACGGGGAUGACAGAUUAGUGAUUGAAGACUGGAUAAACCGAUUGGAAUCUCAUCCUUUCUUCCACUUUGCAAAUGAAGACAUCCCAGUUUUUCGCCCCAAAAAUAUUUUUUACAACCAAAGUCUCUGGCACAUUUACGGCAUACUAAUUGUAUUUUGACAUGUUCAGAAUUUCUGAAGCCAUGCAAACCAAGACAAUGACAAUGACUCAGUAUUAUCUCCUGGAAUAUACUUGAAUAUGGACAAAACCCAGUUAUCUGGAGGUUACCACAUGAGUUACCUUCCUGUGACUGGGACCUUUUUUAAUGUGUUGAGUGGGACAAAACAUAUCUUAUUACUUCCAACACAUUUGAUGCAGAUGAAUAA